GAUACUUAUUUUUUCCACUGAAAGGAACCUUAAUAUGUUGUGUAACAGUCCAACCAUUUUCACCGAUGGCACCUUCAAAACAACUUCGAAUCAAUUUGCGCAAUUAUUUACUGUUCAUGCCAUUUUCAUGAACUUUGUUUUCCCUGUUGUAUUCUGUCUUACACAGCAAAAAGAUGAAGAAACUUACAGAGAAAUUUACCGACAACUACGGCUCCUUGCCGAAGAUUUUCAAUUAACACUAAAUCCCCAAAUUUCCAUGAGCGACUUCGAAUUAGCGAAUCUGAAUGCACUUCGUGGAUCAUUUGAUGGAAUAUCAAUUCGUGGAUGCCUCUUUCAGUUUAUUGGCGAGCUGCAGAAAGAACAACAAGAUACAGAAGCAGCUGUCACACAACUACUAGGAGGGCAUGGACAUCUUAGAGACCCGAUAAAUUCAACGAAUGUUCGAAACCAAAGACGCGUUGAGACGAUAGUUGGAAAUUACGAAGAAUACAAUAAGCAGCAAAACAAUGUCCGUACUUACUUGCGGGCGAUUGCCUUGGACCAAAUAUUACCUUGGACCAAAAACUAA